UCAAAAUAUCGAAAAUUUGAAAUGUGACAUUUCGUGAUUUUUUCAUGUUUUAGCUGCAUCUGGCUUUCGAAAUAUGACACGUAGGAUGCUAUUUACAUUUGUCAGCAAGUCAGAAGGUGUUAAUAUAACAGAAAAAUGCAAAAAUCUGGAAGGAUACAUCCUUAACUUUGGACCAUUUUCUGAUGAGGAUGAAAUAAAAGUAAAACGAGAAAUUCGUCGGUUGAAGUCUGAAAUUGUAUCAAAAUAGAAAAAGUCACAUGCUAUGUGGGAUAAAUUAGAAAAGAAUAACAAAGGAUGGCUGAAUGGAAUCAUUUCACUUCCUAAACCUCUGAGCUCGUCCUCUCAAAGAGUUGGCCGUCCAAAAACAAAAUUCUAUGAUUCGAGUGAAAGAGCCAAGAGAAGAAAAACGGAAACUUUGAGAAGAGACAAUGACCUGGAAGAACUUACUUUUGCAACUCAAGUAAAAUUAGGUAAUGAAGGGAAACGUGAUGCUUCUGUCGUGCUGAAAGAAAUCACUUCUACACCCAAACGAGCCACUGCCUAUAAAAAAUCGUUCAGUGCAAGUAAAUCCAAAGAGAAGGUACAACUAACACCGCAACAAGCGUUAUCAAUGUUCAUCGAAGCAGACUUAUCAAAGAGGCCGUACGAAAUCAUAAGAAGUUAUAAUCCAUCUAUGUAUCCAUGCUACAGUAAGAUCCAAGAAGUCAAAAAAGAAUGUUACCCCGACAAAGAAUCUAUUACUGUCACCGAAACUUUAGCAGAUAUUAAGCUUCAGAAUUUGAUGGAUCACACUGUAUCCAGAUUACUGACAGAUCUUUACGAAGUAGUUAAAACGCUUGGCGAAGAAGAAAGAAAUGCCUUGGAACUCAUAUGUAAAUGGGGAUGCGAUGGAGAGCAACAAGCGCAAUUCAAACAAAAAUUUGUAUGUGACUCCGACACGGACGCUAACGUGUUCCAAAGCUCACUUGUCCCUUUACGGCUUAUUUGUUCCUUAAAUGGAAAAAUACUAUGGCAGAACCCCACUCCUUCAUCUCCUCGUUAUUGCCGCCCAAUCAGGCUAAGAUUUAUAAAAGAAACCGCAGAUGUGACAAGAGAAGAAAUCAAAGAUGCUUCAAAAAAUUUGAACAAAACGAAAGUCCAAAUUAAAGAAAAUAUUGCUUGCGAGGUAUCGCAUACAAUGAUGUUGACCAUGGUCGAUGGAAAGGUGUGCAACUCUGUGACAAGUACAUCAUCUACAAUGAGGUGCUACAUAUGUGGCUUAACUUCAAAGGAUUUUAACUGUAUCCAAAAAAAAGGGGACAGUUAAUGUGGAAACUUUUGAGUUGGUUUAUCUAUUCUUCAUGCCCGAAUACGAUUUUUUGAAGCUGUUUUACAUUUGGCCUAUAAACUACCAGUACAAAAGUGGUAGCUCAGAAGCGAUGAAGAAAAAGAAAAAGUCAAACUCAGGAAACUCGCAAUCCAAAGCGAAUUUAAGUCAAAGAUGGGUCUCAUUGUAGAUGUCCCAAAGGCAAAUUUCGGCAACACGAAUGACGGCAAUACCAGUAGACGAUUUUUUGAAAACCACGAACUGUCUGCAGAAAUUACUGGUAUAGACGCGACAUUUAUCUAUCGCCUGAAAAUUAUUCUGGAAGUUUUGUCGAGUGAGCAUGAGGUGAAUACGAAAAAAUUGUCGGUUUUCUAUACAGAAACGGCAGAACUUUAUAUCCAGGUGUAUCUUUGGCAUUCGAUGACCUCCACGCUCCACAAAAUACUUAUCCAUGGGCCUCAAGUGAUAAGACAUGCUUUGCUGCCAAUCGGACAACUGUCUGAGGAGGCUGCUGAAGCCAGGAACAAAUACAUACGCCUCUAUCGCCAAAACUUCGCAAGAAAAUUUUCUCGACAAGAAUGUAACGCGGACAUAUUAAACAGACUUCUUCUAGACUCGGAUCCUGUAAUGACGGGAAUGAGACCGAGAAGAAGAAACUUGUCGGAACCUUUCUCAAAAGACACCAUAUCAAUGCUACAGUCGACUGUAUUUAAUUAGUAUUUACUAUAGUUGGUAUUAAUUAAUAUUGUAGUUAGUAUUAAUUAUUAUUGUUGUAGUUGUCGAAACCUUUCUCAAAAGACACCAUAUUAUUGCUACAGUCGACUGUAGUUAAUUAGUAUUGACUGUAUUAAUUGUUAUCAUGUUAGAAACAUGAUUACAAACCAAAAAUAAUUUUGGCCACCCAGAUUGAUGAAAUACUCCUAUGUGCAGCGAUCAAGACAGUGUCAUCAGCAUAACGAAUAUUGUUAACCCACAUUCCAUUAACCUUCAUAGCUCUUUCCAUUUCUAAAGCUUCUUGAAAAAUUGCUUUUGAAUAUAAAUUGAAUAAGAAUAGAGAUUUAGAUAGUUAUAAUAUUAUAUUACUAAAAAUAUAUAUUUUUUACGAGCAUAAUCUUAGUUUAUGUCACAGCAAGACUCGAAAAGAAUACGUAAAUCUCAGUCAUAGAUGACUAGUUUCAUCUUGCAUCAAAAUUGCAAUAAAUUUCUCAGGCAGUGUAACGAUAUUGUACACACCGAGGAACCAGCUAAUUCUCUGUCAUGGCAAAAGUGGUACACUAGAGAUGUGACGAUGGCACUGGACCUGUUCUUUCGGAAUAGGUAACAGCUGGCUAU